AUUUGAGGAUUUACCAAGAGAACUAAGACUGCACAACAACAAAUUUCACCAGACCUUUUGGAGGUGGGGUCUGGGUAUGGGAGUGCACCUUGUUGACAGAAGACACACAAGACAAAAUAUGUCCAUGGCAGGAAAUAGGAAGGACUCAAUGGGAUACAUUUGCUUAUUCAUUACCAAGAGGGCCUAACGAAAAUAGCACAGGUAUAUACAUAGUGGUGGUUAAAUUGAUGAUACAGCACACAUGAACUCAUCCAAACAGAUCAUCAAUACUGACAUUAGCAUCACGUGUAUGUAGAGCUGUUUCAUUGGUCAUCAACAAACCUCCUGAUAUUUCCCUCUCACUGUGAAUGAGUCUAGAAUCUUCAUCCCUGCCUAGGUCUUCCCCAUACUUUAGAGUACUCCUGUAAUACUCUGCAGACGAUUGUUCUUGGGGCUCUAGAAACAAAUCUGAAAUAUCUGGAUGCCCCACCAUCGGAGGAAUGUCAGGGUUUCUAUCGCAUGUGGCCCUACUGUGAGGUGGUGUGACUAUUCCAGGAAUCGAUGAUAAUCCUCUGGCAACAUCUGAGCUUCCUACACUCAGUAAUUUCCUAGAGGGAUCGAUAGUAUGUGGAGGUGAGUGUGUGUGGUCGUUAGCAGAGUCUAUGACAGGGGGUGGGGAUGGGCUUGAGGGAGGGGAGAUGUAGGCUGGUCCGAGACACUCUUUCGUGCGUUUCUUCCUGACCGGUUUACUUGAACUCCUUGACUUUGUAGGCUUUUGUCUGGGGCUGUUUCUCUGAGUCUUGCUAGGGGCACCCUUUUUCUUUCUACCAGCAGGUCUUUUGGGUGGGGGAGACGCGUUUAGAUUGUCUUCACUGUUGUGUUCUGGAGGCCUUUGGUGGCAUCGGCGAAGGAUUUCAGGCCAUCCGAAUCCGUGCAGCAUGCAGACAACCUGACAGAUCUUUUCUCAUGGUGUGCAUUUAUUAGACCUCCGCACUUUCGCUCCCUCUGCACUUUGACCCGUGCGCUUUAAUUAGGAUUAAUAAUGACGGCGGCAUCAUGAGCAGCAAGCAGAACAAGAAAAGUAGCCAGUGGACGUCAGGGUCGAAUCGCAACUUCAAGUUGGUCCACCAGAGCUUGACCAUCAGUGAAAUUAACUUCAAGAAGCAAACAAUCAUUGGCUCCACGGAGCUGACUGUACUGCCUUUUACUAACACUGGAAAGCUUUGGAGACUUCCACUGAAUUGUAAACAGUGCCGAAUCCUGAGAGUUACAGUGAAUGGCUCACACAAGGCCAACAACUCAUAUGUGGACCCAACCCUCUCCAUCUGUCCUCCAGAGACCAAGAAACGAAACCUGGAGUAUUACGACACGUGUCAUUAUGAUGCGAUCCAGUCAUGUGACAGUGACUGCUCCUCUGGUGCGGGAGAACUCGUCAUCAAGAUUCCCAAGGCUGCCUACGACAGUCUCGGGGCAUUCGUUCUGUUUGAGAACAAGCCACUGAAGGUGAUGGUAGAAUUCUCGCUGGAGCAGCCAAAAGGAGGAGUCCAGUUUGUCAUUCCUCCAGGCUCCGCCUCUGACUCUCCGCAUCUUCAUGCUUUCAGCUACGGUUUGGAAAACGCUUCAAGGCUGUGGUUUCCAUGUGUCGACUCUUACACUGAGCCGUGUCACUGGACUCUCUACUUCACCGUCCCAGCUCACAUGAUGGCCAUUAGCUGUGGAGACCUAACUGAGCAGUUGCUGUCUGCUGAUGGGAAAAAGAAGACAUUCCACUACACUCUCAACGUACCUACAGCAGCUCCAUGCAUUGCCUUUGUCAUUGGGAGUUUCGAGGUGUAUCCUGAUCCAGUCAUGCAGGAAGUGACCCACUUCUGUCUGCCUGGUCUCCUCCCUAUCCUCAAGAACACCGUCCAGUUUGUCCACGAGGUAUUUGGUUUCUUUGAGGAGCUACUGAGCACCAGGUUCCCCCACUCCAGCUACAAACUGGUCUUUGUUGACCAGACCUACCAGGACACCUCCAGCUAUUCCACCCUCACCAUCUGCAAUACCAAUCUGCUCCAUUCAAACCGUGUGAUAGAUCAGGUGACUGUCACAAGACGACUCCUUACUCGUGCCAUAGCUCAGCAGUACUUUGGCUGCUACCUCCUUCCUCAGUUAUGGAAUGACUGGUGGCUGCCUUGUGGUAUUGCUGGCUUCAUCACCGGCCUCUUCUGUAGGAAGAUCAGUGGCAGCACUGAAUACCAACACUGGGUCAUGGAGGAGGUACAGCGAGUGUGUCAGUAUGAAAGUGAGCACACGUUACCUCCUCUCUGUGGAACACUACAAGUCACCUCUGCCUCCUCCUCCUCCUCAGGUCCCCGAGCCAGCAUCCACCCUCAUCUGGUCAGUGGGAGAGAGCUGGCCGUCCUCAUGAGCAAGGCACACCUCAUCCUCCGCUCCAUUCAGCUAAAGAUUGGACAUGACCUACUCAUGCAGGUGUUCCACAAGCAGCUGACACUGGCCUCUUCUGCCAGUCAAUCCAGUGACUUUGCUCACUGGCACAACCUCAUUAUCUCUACUGCUGGAUUGAUGAAGUCGAUCCAGACGGUAUCGGGCAAAGAUCUGUCUCAUUUCAUGGAGCAGUGGGUGUGCAGAAACGGAGUCCCCAGGUUCCACGUCUCCUUCUCCUACAUGAGGAAGAAGAACUACGUGGAGCUGCGGCUGAAACAGGACCUCCCGCGAGGCUACUCCAAAUUCGUGGGUCCAAUGACGGUGGUGGUGCAAGAGUUUGACGGCCAUUUCUCUCACACAAUUCAAGUCGAGGACAUUUCCACUACCCACGAGCUGCCCUGCCACUCCAAGAUUAGGAAGUCAAAGAAGAGAAAGGUACCUCUAAGUCAUGGAGAAGAGGUGGACAUCGAUGUCUCGUCUCUGGAUAUGGAGGUGCCAGUACUGUGGCUGAGAGUGGACCCAGAGUUCCAGUGGCUGAGACAGCUCUCUAUGGAGCAGCCUGACACAUUGUGGCACUCCAUGCUCAAGUAUGAGAGAGAUGCAGUGGCUCAAGUGGAGGCCAUAGAGGCUCUGGAGGAGUUCCCAUCGUCCACCAGUAGAGACCUGCUGAGAGAGUCCAUUCUCAACACUCAGUUUUACUACAAAGUCAGAGUCCAGGCUGCUCACAGUCUGGCAAAGCUGAUAACAGACACGGCCAGUAGCGGAGGUUCACCAGGAUUCCUAGUCUCAGUCUUCCAGAAACUCUACGGUUCUCAGGCCCACCUCACCAUCGUCAGAUACAACGACUUCUCUGAUAUUGCCGCCUAUUUUGUCCAGAAAGCCAUCGUACAGAGUGUGGCUGGAGUGAGGAACAUGCACAAUCAGUGCCCGAAAGAGGUCCUCUCGUUCCUCUGGGACCUCUUCAAGUACAGCGACAACCAGAUCAACAAGUAUUCUGAUGGCUACUACUUCAGCACUCUGGUCGACAGUCUAGCUCUUACUGUCACUCCUAAAGUGGCCGUCGUCCCCACUCCCCUAGGUUUGGAUGUGGCCAAGAUACCAGUUGCCAUCAUGACCUCUGAAUCUCAGGCUAUACUACAAGAGAUAGUCCAAGGACUGAACAUUGAGAAAGUCAUCCCUUCAUACAAGCAUUCCAUAACUGCGAGUUGUCUGGCUGGUUUGAGAGUUCUCCAGAAGAAUGGACAUCUACCAACCGACAGCAGUCUCUUUAGAGAAUAUGCCAGUAAAGACAACUUCGUAGAAGUCAGACUGGCGGCCCUGAAAGCUCUGGUAGAUAUCGUUCAAGCCGAACACAGUGAAGGUGAUAUGAACUUUCUACUAGACAUAGUCGAGAAUGACAUACCAGCAGUAAGGUUGUGGGUACUUCAGAUGUUGGCCAGUAAUCCACCAUUCACCAGGAAGACAGAGAGCAAACUCAACACCCUCACCCUCGUCGAGAGAAUGUGGAGCCUCAUAUGUGUAAAGUUUUCGCACGACUCGAGAUCGAGAAAUGCAGCAGUGGACGUGUAUUCGGCUCUCUAUGGCAGACUGACUCCUACCUGCCUACCUCAGGGGCUGGGUAUCGUGAUAGAUCUGAAAGAGAAGGUGGCCAGAUCCAGUCUCGCCUCGCCAGCUCUGAGCCCAAAGACACUGAUCAGUGCUACUGAUGACACUCGGCCAAAAACCAUCUCACCCACUCCUCCUGUAUCAGGCUUGUUACAGAAAGAGUUGCUAAACUCAACACCAUCUCCAGUGAUUCCACAGGUGAACACCACUCUCUCAUGCACGACACUUUUGUCAGGAGUUGCUUUGGGGAAAGGGGUGGAAUUUUGCCCCUUAGACGGAUGAAAACCGUAAUCAAGAUGGAGCCUAUGGACACAUCACCCGGUGCAGCUAUCACCAGUGGAGGCAGCACCAGCACCGGGAGUGCAUCAGUUAAAUCUCUCUCACUCAAGAUCCCCACUUCGCACCUCAAGAGACCUCUGCUGCCGUACACACACGAGGGGGGCGAAUUUCCGACCCCCAGCCCUGAGCUGGGGCCAUCGGGGGCCCCCAGUGAGGGGUCACUGAGCCCCUACCCCAGCAAACACAAGAAACGCAAGUCGGAGCACAAACACAAGAAGAAGAACAAACACAAACAGAAACACAAGCACAGGAGUUAAUAAUAAUGUUGCAUCAUAUCACGACUACUAUACAAAAACACAUGUAGCUACACAAUGGAAAAAAUAUAUGUCGUAUCAAACAUUCCUAUAGUUUGUCACCAGAAAAAAUGUCGGUUUUGGAUCACUAAUCGUCGUCAUCACUGUCGUCGUCGGCAAUGUGGAGAAGUGCAGUACGGAACUCCUUGGCUGAAACCACCAGACCAGGUACAGUUUUCAUCGCAUUUAUCAGCUUCGACCAGGAUGCCUCCACGUCUGAUGUUAUCCACUCCCGAAGUGCCUCCCUGACUGAGUCGGUGUCACUGAGCUGCCUCUUGGCAUUGACAAUCACUGCCUGACUGAUGCCAAGGUAGGUGACCACGUCUUCCCAGUGAGGGGCUAUCUCUUGAGUCGGUCUAAAAUACUUUUUCUGGGCCAUCCACACGAUAGGGGAUCAUGAUGAGUUUCUGCAUGACUGGUCUCUCCUUAAGGAUGGCCUUGUUUUCAGCCUUGCCAGUGUUCUCAGCCUUGCCAGAGUUCUCAGCCUAGCACCUCCUCCAGUGGGUCCAUUACCAGAGGCACCAUUGGUAGUCUUUGUUGUAGAGUGGUUGUGGGCGAUAUCCAGUGCUAACCUCUUUGUCGUUUCCUCCAUUGCGGUGUGCCACUGCUUGCACAAUGAGCCUCCACGAAGGUUGCCCGUGAGCCUUGGUGUCAUAGUUCAUCUUCAGGAACUCAUGCAGCGUCUCACGCAGACAUUCUCCUGGGUCGCCUCUCUUCUCAGCCGCAAUUCUUCUAGUACCUUUUCGUCAAUAUUCAAUGCACCUCCAAAUUUCUUCCAUUGUGGUGAAAUAUCAAGUACCUCAUUUUCAAUAUUGAAUAGGUCACCGGUACCUAGCUUUGUGUCAUCCACAGAGGGUAGGAGUUCUUCUACUUCCGUUGGCACAAGCUUACUCGCCAUUUCCAGGUGUUCCCCGGCCGACAGCAACAACACAGACACAGUGUGAGGGUGUAAAAAUAAGUGGGGCUAU